AUGCUGUCCCUGAAACAUUUGGUGUUCUGUCUAAGCGUUUCUGCGACAUGCGCCGACGUAGAGUUUGAAAGUUGGAAGAAACCGGCAGACAACAAUCCUGACCUGAACAGAGAAAACUUUGGCGCGAUGCAGGAUGCCUGGAAGACAAUCAAGUGGAUGGAGAGUCAGAGCUAUUAUCUAGUUUAUAGUAGCGGGUUGGGGACAAAAGAACAUUACAAAGGUAUUAGCUGUCUUCACGUGCAAACAAGUGACCUCAAUGACACAUUGAAGAGCGCCAACUACACAUCAAAAUGGUACGACGAAAAAUCUAAAACAAUGAAAUCAAAAACACAAUUUGUUCAAGCUGUAAAACAAAAGGAUUAUAGUAUUGAAAAUAAUAUGCAACUGGGCCAGCCUAAGCGUAAAGCCACAUCACCAAAUGGAAGCUGCUACGAUCUCAAUUUCAACUUCCUCUGCGAUAACAGAGGCUGCACCAUAUAUCAUCCGGAGUGUUGGGGAACACCCUACAUUCAAUAUUCAGAAAACUACGUGCUAUUCAGCAAUUCCUUUUGUCAUAUACUGAGAUCACUACAAAAUCGACUGGACUCUGCAUCUUGUGAAUUCUGGUUGAGGGAAGAUUUGUUAAAAAAUGUGACGAUUCCCCAAGUCACUACAAGAGCACGAAGCGAAGAAAGUGAGGAAAAAGAGAAGGAAUUUGACAGUUCGAGUAAAACUACGUAUACGUAUAAUUCCUUAUUUAAGGAACUUCCGUCCAGCUGUCGAUACGCAUUUCUUCUCAACUGUGGAUAUCCGACAUACCGAAUAUAUGACAAGGAAGAUUGCGACAAGAGAGAUAAAACACAGAACGCCGCGUCGGGUGACGUAAACGCAAGUCAUUAG